AUGCUGCAGCAAGUGUCACGCAACCAUGGCUCGCUGCUAAGUGUUGCAAAGCUUGAUGCGCAGCCGAACGGUCUGCCUGACCCAUUUGGCUUCGUGUUUUGCCUGCUGGGCCCCGCGCAGCCUAAGGGGGCGGAGGCAUUGUCAGCCUUUGGCCCUGUGAGCACGGAGCACCAUGCGGAGGAGGAGGACAUGGUUCGCAAAACGUGCACUGGCGAUGACGACCGCGCCGCCAUCGCUGGCGUUCUGUCGGGCGUCUUCUCGUUCUAUGCUUCAUACUUCGACUGGAGCCAGGAAGCUGUUUCGGUUCAUCGGGGCCUUCCGGGCAGCCAUCCACCCGGAGCAAAGCCUUCGCUGGCGCUGCUCAGGGUGGAUGAUCCGGUGGAGCCAGGGGUGGACCUAGCCGGGUGCGUUUGGUUUCCUCGACUUAUUUUGGGUGCAGUUAGAUUCUUUGCUGCUGAUCCUUGCUCUCACUGCUGCCGCUUCUUGGCUCCGACAUGCUAG